AUGGCUCCCAAGAAGGCUGACCAGCCGAAGAAGAAGACCAAGACGGUCGAUGACAAGACCUUUGGUAUGAAAAAUAAAAAAGGUGGAGCUGCCAAAAAGCAGAUCCAGCAGAUGAAUGCGAUGGCCCUAUCCAACAAGGCCCCCGAUGAGAAGAAGAAGGAAGCAGAGAGGAAGCAGCGCGAGGCCGAGAAGGCUGCCGCCGAGCUGGCCAAGCGUGAAGCCGCCGAGUUGUUCAAGCCUGUCCAGGUGCAGAAGGUGCCUUUCGGUGUCGAUCCCAAGACCGUUCUGUGUAUCUUCCACAAGAAGGGCGGCUGCGACAAGGGUAGGAAGUGCAAGUUCAGCCACGACAUGAACAUCGAGCGCAAAGCGGCCAAGAAGGAUCUCUACACCGAUUCGCGUGAGGACAAGGAGGAGCAGAAGAAGGCGGAUACUAUGGACCAAUGGGACGAGGAGAAGCUGCGCAGUGUCGUAAUGAGCAAGCACGGUAACCCUCGUACGACCACCGACAAAGUCUGCAAGUACUUUAUCGAGGCGGUGGAGAACCAGAAGUAUGGCUGGUUCUGGACUUGUCCGAACGGAGGUGAUAAGUGCAUGUACAAGCACAGCUUGCCAUCAGGAUUCGUUCUCAAGACUAAGGAGCAGAAGGCUGCCGAGAAGGCUUUGAUGGACAAGUCGCCACUAAACACCUUGACUCUGGAAGACUGGCUGGAGUCGGAGCGACACAAGCUGACCGGCAACUUGACGCCGGUCACCCCCGAGUCAUUCGCUGAGUGGAAGAAGGGGCGUCUGGACAAGAAGGCUGCCGAGCAGGAGGCACAGACAGCCAAGGAUGCGACUGGUCGGUCCAUGUUCGAGAGCGGAGACUGGAAGGACGAAGAGAGCAGUGAUGAGGAAUCUGAUGAUGACGGCGAUUCCUGGAACUUGGAGUCACUGCGUAGGGAGACCGAGAGAAUCCGCGAGGAGAAGGAGAAGGACCGGCUGGCCAAGGUUCACGGAAUUGAGAUCCCACCUUCAAACGAUGCAGCGAUUGCACAGGAAGCUGCUGGCUGA